GUUUCCCCAUCACCAAGCAGCUGCAUGAAGGCUGCAAGCCUGGAUAUGCUAUAUCCAUGACCUUCAUGGAAAACUGGGAUUCUUAUGGCAGAAAUACUCUAGAUUUGGCCUCUUCUGCUGCUGCAGUUGGAUUUUCGGCCGUCAAAGCAGGUACCAGACUUGGGUUCUCGGUUACACGAAACGUAGCAUCGGUAGCCGUAAAAGCGACGACCUCAGUUGUGGACAGCACCCUCUUCGGCGGAAGUGGUGUCACACAGCCAGUCGUAGGCGGUGCCGUGUCCUCUGUCAUUUCCUUCGCCGAACAGGUUACCCUGGCGCCUAUUUUCCUUAGCGAAUAUAUCACCUCUACAUCUAUAAUCGCCGCUCAUAGCUCCAUCAAUGUUCUCAGCGUCAUCUUCCCCGGAAGCAGUGAAACCUCUUUUUCUUUGGUCGCCUUUAUUGCCCUACUCAAACGAGAGUGGAAGGAGCUUGGUUAUGCGGGAAAUCUUCCUGAAAAGCAGUAUGGGUUGACGCAAGUUGCGAGAGGCGUCAUUGCUUGGGUUUCUCUACAAGGUGUCACUCGGGAAUGGCAAGAGAAAAGAUUCUUCAAAUCCCUCCGAGAAAUCCAUGUUCGAGACCCACCGAGAGGCAUCGAAUUGUUGCACACUCGCCAGGGAUCCCGUGUGCGUGUCACGUCAGAUAUUAUUUUCCCUGGCAAUCGGGCCCAGAUCAUCGCUGCCGAUAUUGGAGAGGCGCCUCCGCGUGCCCAAUCUGUGGUUCAUCACCGUCACAAGGCAGCACGCACCAAAUUAUCACCACAGGUCUUUGUCGAACCCAAAAGACUUUCAAACGCUGCCUUGAAAGAGACUUUGCGCAGGCUCUCGAAAAUGGUCCUCGCAGGUUACGGCGGACCAACGUUGUUGUUCUUCGGCGUACCCUUGACACCGUCUGGGUCUAUGCCUGCAGGUUCCCCGCAAGCACGUUCGGAGGAGGCCCAGCUUGCGCGUGCUAUCAAUGCUUCUGAAGCCGAAGCUAGUGGAGACUUGUCCGAACGAGAGGUACCAUCGCCGAUACCAGAUUCGUACUCAUGGUGGGAUGUAAUGCUUGGAAAGCACGACCAAGACAUCUUCUCGCAGUUUGCAAAGUCUCCAAAUGAACUCAUUCAAGCAGACGUAAUGAUCGGACAGGAGCACCUCAUGCCUCGUUUCUGGGUAUUGACUGAUUAUGGUCGACAACAAGUUGUUCUCGUAAUUCGUGGCACCAUGUCUCUCAACGAGAUCGCGGUGGAUUUGACAUGCGAUCCGGAAGAAUUUGAGCUAUCGAAAACGACUACCCUAGAGCACGACGAGACUGCUAUUCCUGGACAGUUUACUUUUCCUGCCUCACCAACAGAGCUGCCGUCACUGAAGUACCAGGUUCAUAGUGGAAUUCUUCGCAUGGCUAAGGCGAUGGGAGAUGUCGGAAAACCAGUUCAAGUUGCUGUACAAGAGGCAUUACAUCGAAAUCCGGGAUAUGAUCUGGUUAUUUGUGGACACAGUCUUGGUGCGGGCGUCGCGGCAGUGUUGGGUCUGAUGUGGGCAGAUUUGAAAACCUGUUUGACAGUUCGUUCAAGCGGUCUUCCGGUGAAACGACGGGUUUCUGUCUAUUGCUUUGCUCCACCGGCAACUACUGAUGUCCCUCUCGCCAAAUUGUCGGAAAAUCUAAUCGUGUCUUUUGUGUAUUCGCAUGAUAUCGUAUCUCGGCUGUCUAUAGGGACGGUCAAGGACCUCAGAAACGCAGCCAUGUGGUUGUGUGAUGCAAAUGUUGCAGGAGGUGCCUUGCGAGAGUCGGGUUAUGCAGCAGUGACAGAACGUGCCAGCAAGUGGAAAGCCGGCAGUGGCUCACAGGAUGAUCCGGAUUGGUUUAUUGCUAUGCGGAAGACGCUCGAAGCCAAUAUGCAACAACCAAAGAAGAUGUUUCCGCCAGGGCGGCUUCUCUGGGCUUUGAGAGACAGCGAUUUGCAUCCUGCACAUCGCUCAGAAGAGUCGAGUUCUGGCCCAGAUAAACUGAGACUGUUCGAAGUUCUCGACGUGGAGAAGGCCUUUUCCCAGAUAUUAUUCGCGAAGGAUAUGCUCAGUGCUCACCUUCCACACAAGUAUGACAAUGUUUUGCAUGACCUAUUAUGACUGAUGUUCACAUGUAUUGUGCCUUGUAUUUCUGCCAUCAACCCUUUAGACGUGAGCGUUUUACACAUAAUAAUUUUACAAACGUAUGUACGCCACCACAUAAUAAUAUGAACCUGUAUAAUGUUUCAGUCCUGCUCUGUCUGAUCUCGAGGUCGAUACUUGAUUCCCGCCGCUUCCAACUCGGCUUCUAUGUCUUCUGAUAUUCGACCUUUGACUCGCGCUGCAUACAUCCCACGGACAAAUUUUGCUGAAAAACUAUAGAAGAGACUAGAAACGAGAAGAGGGUUCAGACGCACAUGUUCGUUGCCACCUAGCUACCCAGCUCUUCUCAGGGUCGGUCACUGCUAUAAUGCCGUCGAAGUACUGCGUAGUGCAGCUCUGGAUGCGUUCGGGAUUGUCUCGCAGCU